GCCCCGAAGCUCCGAACGUCCAACUUGGAACUUCAACUACAAGCCAUCAUAGGCCAUAUCGCCAAUUCCUCCCCCCUCCUCUCCUCUCACCAUCCGCUCGAUCUCUGUAUACGCAAAGGAGGGCUCCAGCUGCAAUUAGCAACAAUGCUGGCUCGUUCGCUUCUUCGUGCUGCGCCCGCGCGGGCCACUGCACGCCAGAGCCUUCGUCAGAACUCGCGAGCUUCGUCCACAUCCUCCGGUUCUGAGAACGCGAGCUCUCCGUUCUACCUCACUGCGACCGCUACCGUUGCAACCGCUGCUACCAUCGCAACUACCGCCUGGUACUACCACUUGUACGGCCAGCAGGCGUUUGCCAUGACACCUGCCGAAGAAGGAUUGCACCCAUCUCAGUACCCAUGGGAACACGCCAAAUGGAACAAGACUUUCGACCACCAAGCCCUUCGACGUGGAUUCCAGGUUUACCGUGAAGUCUGCGCCAGCUGCCACUCCCUUUCCCGUGUACCAUGGCGUGACUUUGUCGGUGUUAUGCACACCGUCGAUGAAAUGAAGGCUAUGGCCGAGGAAAACGAAUACGAUACAGAGCCCAACGAUGAGGGUGAAAUUGAGAAGCGUCCCGGAAAGCUUUCUGAUUACAUGCCCGCUCCUUACAAGAACGACGAGGCCGCUCGUGCUGCCAACAACGGUGCUCUUCCCCCUGAUUUGAGUUUGAUUGUCAAGGCUCGUCACGGUGGCUGCAAUUACAUCUUCUCUCUUCUCACUGGUUAUCCUGAUGAACCUCCUGCUGGUGCUUCUGUCCAGGAAGGCUUGAACUUCAACCCUUACUUCCCCGGUACCGGUAUUGCUAUGGCUCGUGUCCUCUUUGACGGCCUGGUCGAAUACGAAGACGGCACUCCCGCCACCACCUCUCAAAUGGCCAAGGACGUUGUCGAAUUCUUGAACUGGGCUGCCGAGCCCGAGAUGGACGAGCGCAAGAAGAUGGGUAUGAAAGCUCUCGCUCUUUCUGCCGGUUUGUUCGCCAUUAGCGUCUGGGUCAAGCGAUACAAGUGGGCUGCCAUCAAGGCAAGGAAGAUCGUCUAUAACCCUCCCGUGCGACGCUAAAACCUUGAUUGAAUUCCAUGGAUGACGGUUUACUACUCCCAUCUAACCGGGUAUCGCCAUCCCGUAUCUGUACGUUUAGCUGUUUCUUUUUUUUUUCUUUUUUGUUGUUGGCCGACCAGCGGAAAUUACAAGAUGGACGGAAAAGAAGAACAACGCCUCUCUUCGCAGAUAUACCUUGGGGUGUGGACCUGUACUCCUUGUAUACAUAGACACAAAAUUAGUUUUGAUCUGAGACCUUAGAUAAUUUCCUUUGUCAACUACUUGUUCAAUGCAUUUGUUUUAAUC